AAGAAAAUGAUUCUCUUUGUUAUAAUUAUUUUGGCGGUUUAUGUUCUACAUAGAGUAGUGUUUAAACCUUUAAUACCAUUGUUGAUAUUAAAACUAUAAUUUGGUAAAGAAGCUUAUUUAUGGUAUUCGCCAAUAUGGGGAUCAUUGAAAUACAAUUUUAGAUCAUUAGAAUAGAAUGGAGAUUUUUUUGGAGAUUUUCGAAAAAUAAUGAGAGAUAAUCCAAAAGUAAAAAUAUUAUUAACAAAUUUUUUGGAUCAGCCAUUUAUAAACUUUGUAGAUAGUGAAUAUGUUAAGAAAAUGUAUUAGGAUUAUUAAGAUUUCCCAAAAUUUAAUUUACUUAGAUAUGAGUAUGAUAUGAUUAAUAAUAAAUAGUGAUUUAAUUGAUAAAGGUUUGUUAAUGAAAGAAGGGGAAGAAUGGAAAUAUGAAAGAAAUCUUUUAGGAUCAGUGUUUACAUUUGAGAAAUUGAAAUAAAGAAUUCCUAUGAUAAAUAAAAUAGUGAGAGAGAGAUGUCGAUAGGAUGCAAAAACAAACUCAUUGAAUUUUUUAACUUGGAUAACAGGGGAAGUAGUAAUAAAUAGUUUUUUUGGUGAGAUUGCAUAAGGAUUAAUUUUAAAUGGAAAACCUGGAUAGGUAGAAAUAGUUACAUUAGUAGCAGAUAUUAUGUUAUUAAGAUUUAAAAAUAUUUAUACAUAGUUAAAAUUAAUGAUACUUGGAAAUAAAGGAUGGAGAAUAUUAGCAACAAAAAAGGAAAAAGAAAUAAAUAAUAGAGUUGAUAUUGUUAGGAACACAAUUAAAAAACUUAUUGAGACAAGAUUAUAAUAAUUAAGAGUGGAAAAUUAAAGAAAUGAAAAAGAUUAAUAUAUUUUAGAUAUUUAUUUAUAAGAAUUAUUGAAAUAAGAGAAAGAAGGUAGUAAAAUAAAAAUGGAUAUAGAAAAUGUAUUAUAGUAAUUUUUAACAUUGUUUUUUGCUGGAACAGAUACAACAGCAACAAUGUGUUUUACAUGUCUUGUUUAUUUAGCUAAAUAUCCAGAUGUUUAAAAUGAAUUAUUAGAAGAGAUUAAAAAUGUUAUAAAAGAAGAAGAUUAAGAUGUUUCAGAUACUCAUUUUAUAAAAUUAGUGAAAAUGAAUGCAUUUAUAAAUGUAAAUAUAUUAUUAAUUGUUUAGGAAGUAUUCAGAUUAAAAAACCCUGCUUUUUCUCCAUUUAUUAGAAUAGUGUUAAAAGAUAUGAAAUUAUUGGAUGUAAAACUUAAAAAAGGUAUAAUUUAUGUGCUAUUAAACUAAGGUUGGAUGGUAGUAUAAAGACAUGAUAUUCCUCCAAUAAGAGAUUAGCAUUUUAAUAAUCCUGAAGAGUUUGAUUAUAAAAGAUGGUUGGAUAAAUAAGGAAUGAUUGAAUAAGAUAAUGGUUUUGUACAUAUUCCAUUUGGAGCAGGAGGUAGAAAUUGUAUUGGGUAACAUAUGGCUUUAAUGGAAUUAAAAAUCCUCUUAUGUCACAUUAUUAGAUAAUUUGAAAUUAGUCUGAAUCCUGAAAUUAAACUUAAGUUUAGUAUCAGGUUUCUUUAUGGUGCAGAACCAGAAAAUUGUUUAAUUUAUAAAGAAAGAAAAUGA